AUGCUUCGUAAUACUCUUCCCACGCUUUGCGGUCUGGUAUCUUUAUCUGCCGCCGCGCUUUACGAAACGGUGAUUGAGACCAAAUAUGGCUCGGUCCAGGGUUAUCCGGCUUUCAACAGCAGCCAUACCGGCAACCUGACGCACUGGAAGAACAUCGCUGUAUGGAAGGGAAUUCCCUUUGCUGCGACCACUGGAGGUGCCAACCGGUGGAAAGCGCCACAGCCCGCAAGUCCAUGGAACCAAACGUUGGACGCGCGCAACUGGGGCCCUAUUUGCCCGUCCGCUACGACCGGGAAUAGCGGCUACACUAUUGAUGAGGAUUGCCUCAACCUCAAUAUCUGGAGCCCAGCGAACUCCACCGACGCGAAGCUCCCUGUGGUCAUGUGGAGUUAUCCCGCCGAGUCAACCGCGGCGGAUCCUCUCUUCGACGGCGGUGGUAUGGCCGACAAAGGGAUUGUCUUCGUCAGUUAUAACUACCGCACUGGACCUUUCGGCUGGCUCGCUCACCCUGAGCUCUCGGAAGAGUUUGAGAUGGUUACCGGGUCCAACAGCUCGGGUAACUGGGGAAUGCUGGAUCAGUUCGCUGCCUUGAAAUGGAUCCAUGCCAACAUUGAGGCUUUUGGGGGUGAUCCAAAUCAAAUUACAGUUCAAGGACAGUCGGCAGGCUCUGCGGCCACUCAGCAUAUACUGUAUAGCAGUUUGACCCGGGGACUGAUUGUCGGUGCCAUCAUCGAGAGCGGUGUCCGGGACCCCCACGACCCCCUCUGCACCAGCCUCGCCGAGGCUUACACCACGCUGGAAGAUGCGCUAAAAAAUGGCAAUACCUAUCUAUUUAACCUGGGAGUGUCCAGCAUCGCCGAAGCCCGGAACCUAAGCGUGGAGGCAUUGAUCAACGGCGCGACCGGUAGCACCCGCGACGAGACAAUCAUGUUUGAGGCGGUCCUUGAUUAUUAUGCCAUGCCGGAUACCUACCUCAACAUCCUGAUGAAAGGCCUGGCCCACGACGUUCCGGUAAUCACCGGAAACAAUAAGGACGAGAAUGGAGCUACCUAUGGUCUCAAAAUCUCGCUCGCGGAAUAUCUGCAGGACCUCAACGAAACGUACAGCGGGGAGUGGGUCAACCGGUUCCUUGCUCUCUAUCCUGCUAACGACUCAAUAACCGCAUCAGGAGCAUAUAACUCCAUGUUCACCGACCGCUCCAAGGUGGGCACCUGGCUUUGGAGUCAAAUGUGGUAUACCACCAAGAGCAGCCCAGUUUGGAACUACUUCUGGGAUCACGCGCCCCCCGGCCAGAGUUCCGGGGCCUACCACGAGUCGGAGAUCAAUUACGUGCUGAACAAUCUCUAUGCCACCGAGAAGCCCUGGACUGCCGAGGACUACGCUAUUGCCAAGAAUAUGAACGAUUACUGGGCUAGCUUUAUCAAGACCAGAAACCCUAAUACUCAGGCAGAAGGCGCAGUUCAGUGGCCCGCAGUCAACGCCGCCAAAGUAGUACAGCAUGUAGGCGAUGGAUGGGGCCAGAUCCCCAUUGCCUCGAAUAAAAACGUGAAGCUGUUCGAGGAUUGGUUUGCCAAAUUAGUAGCAUACUGA